CCGUGAAAGAGGACGUACUGUGGACACAUAAUCACCUGCCUCUUCCCCUUCCUCUUCCCCUUCGUCUUCCCCAUAACUGCCCUUUCAAUUAAUUCAUCUCAUCGUCGCUUUCCCAAAAUCCUUCGCCAAUCUUCUCUCCGUUUCGAAGGCUUGCGGUCGACUGAGUGCGACUGCGAGAGCGAAGCGAGCAGGUUGGAGGAGAAGGCGUCGGCUUCCGUCGGGUUAUGGGAUUAGGGCGAUGGCGGAGGAGAAACCGCUGGUAGAGAUCUCCAAAGGUCUGAACGGCCUUGAAAAGAUCGUUCUCAGGCAGGUCCGUGGCAGUUCGACAGAGGUAUAUUUACAUGGAGGUCAUGUGACAUCUUGGAAAAAUGACCAUGGUGAAGAGUUGCUUUUCCUCAGCAGUAAGGCCAUAUUCAAGCCUCCAAAACCUAUACGAGGGGGUAUCCCAAUCUGCUUUCCACAAUUUGGAGGCCAUGGAAAUCUUGACCAACAUGGGUUUGCAAGGAAUAGAGUUUGGAGUAUCGACACUGACCCUCCUCCCUUUCCUACAGCAAGUGCCAAUAAAGCUUUUGUUGAUUUAAUACUUAAGCCAAGCGAAGAAGAUCUAAAAAUCUGGCCGCAUAGCUUUGAAUUUCGUCUAAGGAUUACUCUUGGUCCUGGCGGAGAUCUUAUGCUGACAUCACGCAUUCGAAAUACCGACACUAAACCAUUUUCGUUUACAUUUGCCUACCAUACCUAUUUUUCUGUUUCAGAUAUUAGUGAAGUACGAGUUGAAGGACUGGAGACCCUCGACUAUCUUGACAACUUAAAAGAGAAGGAGCGUUUUACCGAGCAAGGAGACGCGAUCACUUUCGAAUCAGAAGUUGACAAGAUAUAUCUGAGUACACCAACCAAGAUUGCAAUUCUGGACCAUGAAAAGAAACGGACUUUUGUGCUACGGAAAGAUGGGCUUCCAGAUGCAGUGGUAUGGAAUCCUUGGGAAAAGAAGGCCAAGUCCAUGGUGGAUUUUGGAGACGAUGAAUACAAGCAUAUGCUCUGUGUGGAAGCUGCAGCUGUGGAGAAAGCCAUCACGCUGAAGUCUGGAGAGGAAUGGAAAGGGAGGCUGGAGUUGUCAGCUGUUCCAUCGAGCUAUCGUAGCGGGCAACUGGAUCCUCAAAGGGUGCUCCAAGGAUGAAACUUCUCAUCAAGGCACAGACCUCAAUCUCUGCAAUAUUUGUGGAUUGCAGGAUCUCUUUUCUCAUUCCAGGCUGAGCUUUGUUACUCUGUUUUCUUUUCUCAAUUUUCUGUAGCUUCCAUGGAUACUGUUAAAGACCUAUUCUGAAGCACAGAACAGAAUACUCAAAAGCCAAUGAUACUUGUUUUUAUUGGCUUUUGUUCAUCAUAAACAUUAAGAUUUCGAGAGACUUGUAUUCUAUUUGACUCGUGUCGUGAUAUUAUAUUUAUUAGCAAUUAAUUUCGUGGACCUAUGUUUAUUCUA